CCACAGCCACGCACUCCUCACUCCUCCCUCUCAUAGCCGCCACACCCCAUUCCUCUCUUCCUCAUCCCUCCUCCUUCCCGGAUCCCUGCCACCGCCACACCCACUCGUCUCCUCCUCUCUCUUCUAGCUAACUCCUCCUUCCUGAUCUCUGUGUCAGCUGUAGCGCGAGAGGAGCAGCGGCGGCGGAGAUGCUCCGAUGGCGGCGUCGAGUUGCGAAGCGGUGGUGCUCAGGCGCGAGACAACAGAAGCGGGAGCGGCUACUCCUGGCCCCGAUCUGGGGGGUUGGGUUCCAGGGCGCCGACGGCUUCAUUGUCUAUGACGCGGGUCCGUGCCAUCGGGGGAAGCCAUGGAUCGAUGUAGGGGGGCUCCCCGGGGGGCGCAGAGGAGGGGGUUGGACGAGCGGGUGAGGAUGCAUGAGGCCAGAAGGAGUUUGGGGUCGCCAGAGGAGCAUAGCCUGCACGGGGGCUGGUCAUCGCUAGAGCAGAGGGGAGGAGGUCGAUGCAGGGGACGCCAUGGAUGGUCGGGGCGCUGGCUCCUCCUUUCCCCAUGCCACCGGUGUCCUGCGUCAAUGAUGCCGCCAUGGCCUUCUUGCCACUGACCUCCCAAGUGCUUCUCACUGCUGCAUUCCUCUUUCCAUGAAUUUUUCCUUCCACGCUAAGAUGAAAUGACUCUUCCCAUAUCUGACCCUAUUUUUUAGUCUGUUCUUCCUGCUGCUAAUUCUUACUCUUCGGGAGCAGGGACGGUCUGUAGGCUAGCGGUAGGGGGAUGGACUCCCUUUGUCCAGUACCAGCCGGUGAAGAUGGAAGGAAGCCACGGGUGCCUCAAGGCUUAGGAACUUUUUGGGAUAACUGAGUUGGUAAAUGUCAAAAAUGGAUAAGGAGAAGGAAAUCACCAUUCGAUUUAUGAUUGGGCGUUGGUAAGGUUACUGGCAUCAAGCUUUAUGUUUACAGAAAAAAGGACUCAACAAAGCUUCAGAUUGUUGUUAUGUUGUGAUUUUGCAAGAUCUUUGUAGUUAUUCAAUUGCUCAACCCAAAAGACAGAUUUCACUCAACAUAUGGUGUGUUAUAUUACUGAUUAUUUAGACCUAUUUAACUUUUGCUAACAAGAAGUGCACUGACUCUACUUUGGAAUAAUGAGAUUUGUCACACUUUCAACAAUGGUACUCAUGGUGGUUUCAGUUCCAUGGACAUUGUGAGAAUGACCACUUUAUUUCAUUGUAUUGUUUCCAGAUCUCAUGUUUGAGUCACCAAGUUAAUCCACAAGAAUUUGUUUACUUUCUUGGCUAUUGUGGUUAAUGGCAUCCUUUUAUUAGAGCUAUAUAUAGUUUUUGGACAUGUUCCAGUUUGGUUAUUUUUUUAUGGAUUUUGUAUAUGUUUCAAUUUGAUCACUUUUGAGACUCAGUUAGAACAGAUAAAUUUUGUUUCUUUACCAUAUAGUUCCUAAUCAAAAAAGCCUCAUCUACAGGUUGGAGGCAUUGGCGUGAAGGUGCCGUGAGUUAUCUGCAAGGGCAUUGUUGUGACGUGCUCCUCCAUGUCUCCCGCGAGUUCUUGUCAUUAUCGUUAAAUAAUAUAAUGUUUAGGGUCAGUUUAGAUGUGUCGACAAAAAAUACGAGCUGCAUCGUCUAUCAGUCCUAGAAGCUCCGAUCUUCGUCUGCCAUUGAACCGAGCUCAUCUGUCUGGGUAUGGCCAUGCCGUGUGCCGUGUGCUACAGCUGGGCAGCAAGGACAGGCGACCACAGGCAGAUGGCAUCGGUGGCAAUGGCAACAUGUGCGGUGCACAGCGUGAGGAGUUCAGUAAGGUGGACUGGGCACUGCCUCCCCACUAGUGUUCCAGGACGGUGUGCCCGACGGCAGCAUAUGUAGCGAGGACGUGCGACCCUGAGCAGCUUUUGAGGAGCUUCCCCUCCGCUCCUGCUCUUUCUCUUGUCAAUUACUACAUAUAAAUGCACUUGAUAUGUGUUGAUUUUUUUUGCUAUCAUCAUCUUCUCUUGAGGAUAUUAUUGCCUUUCUUGGAGAUUAUAGAGAUGAUAGAAUUCUUAUUCCAUAAUAUUCAUCAUGUUAUAUAGUAAUGCAAUGCAUUCUUUUUUUCCUUGGGAUGAUUUUUCUCGGAAGUAACUUGGCCAAUAAUGACAUUUUUAUAUGCUGCAACCUAGAAGAAACAACCACCAAUGGACAGGAAUUCGUCACAUUAAGUAGUCUAUCUCUUUCAGUCCAUGCCGACGAAGCAAUACAGAAGCAUCCUCCUGCUUACAUGCAUCUGGAGCAAAGCAUGAAGCACAAGCUUCUCAAGGAUAAGCUGACACCUAAUAAGGAUGAGAACAACGGAGAUGCUAAGAGGCAACCUUUUGGGGUUAAGGAUAUAAACAACAACAUGGCUUAUGAGGCCGAAGAGAGCUUGAGUGGCGGCUUUUGGAUCUUGAAGCCCUGCACUUUCCUGGAGGAGUGGCAGCAAAAUAGUUCAGAGGCUUUAAAGCUACCGCACUUUACAUAGUGAGGAUCAAUUCUUUGUUUCGGUUUGAAAUACUCCAGAGUUCCUCCUAUUUGAUUUAUUCAUCUGAUGGACAUUUUGUCAGGCAAAUAAACAGAAGGCAUAUGUAUUGUUACAA